GGCGCCUCGCCCCUCGGCGCUCCCGCCCCCUCCCCGCCGCCGUCUCUCUGUCAGCCUCUGUCCCUCUCCCUCUGCCCUCCGUCCUUCCUCUCUCGCACCUGAGCACACGCACCUGCCCGCGCCCGGCUCCCGGUCCCUCCUCCCUCUGCCCCGUCCUGGUUUUCCCGCCCGGCCGGAAGGCUCGGGCCCUGGCCGCGGGAGGCUCGCGGCUGCGUCACCGCCGCACCCCCAGACAAGAUGGACACCGCGGAGGAAGACAUUUGUAGAGUGUGUCGAUCAGAAGGAACGCCUGAGAAGCCUCUGUAUCAUCCUUGUGUAUGUACUGGCAGUAUUAAAUUUAUCCAUCAGGAAUGCUUAGUUCAGUGGCUGAAACACAGUCGAAAAGAAUACUGUGAAUUAUGCAAGCACAGAUUUGCUUUCACACCAAUUUAUUCUCCAGAUAUGCCUUCUCGGCUUCCAAUCCAAGACAUACUUGCUGGACUGGUUACAAGCAUUGGCACUGCAAUCCGAUACUGGUUUCAUUAUACACUUGUGGCCUUCGCAUGGUUGGGAGUUGUUCCUCUUACAGCAUGCCGCAUCUACAAGUGCUUGUUCACUGGCUCCGUGAGCUCACUGCUGACCCUGCCACUGGACAUGCUGUCGACGGAAAAUUUGUUGGCAGAUUGUUUGCAGGGUUGUUUCGUGGUGACGUGCACGCUGUGUGCGUUCAUCAGCUUGGUGUGGCUGCGCGAGCAGAUCGUCCACGGAGGAGCCCCGAUUUGGUUGGAGCACGCCGCCCCCCCCUUCAACGCUGCCGGGCACCACCAAAAUGAGGCUCCGGCGGGAGGGAACGGUGCAGAGAACGCUGCUGCCGAGCAGCCUGCCGACCCCCCGGCUGAGAACGCUGUGGUGGGCGAGAACCCUGAGGCACAGGAGGGUCAGGCCGAGGAGGAGGAGGAAGAGAACGAGGAGGAAGAGGACGCAGGCGUGGAGGAUGUGGCGGACGCCAACAACGGAGCCCAGGAUGACAUGAACUGGAAUGCUUUGGAAUGGGAUCGUGCUGCAGAAGAACUCACAUGGGAAAGAAUGCUAGGACUCGAUGGGUCACUCGUUUUUCUGGAACAUGUCUUCUGGGUGGUGUCUUUGAAUACACUGUUCAUUCUUGUUUUUGCAUUUUGCCCUUACCACAUUGGCCAUUUCUCCCUUGUUGGCUUGGGAUUUGAAGAACAUGUUCAAGCAUCUCAUUUUGAAGGCCUUAUCACAACCAUAGUCGGGUACAUACUUCUAGCAGUCACACUGAUCGUUUGUCAUGGCCUGGCAACUCUUGUCAAAUUUCACAGAUCCCGUCGCUUACUGGGAGUCUGCUAUAUUGUUGUUAAGGUCUCUCUGUUGGUUGUGGUUGAAAUUGGAGUGUUCCCUCUGAUUUGUGGCUGGUGGCUAGACAUCUGUUCCCUGGAAAUGUUUGAUGCUACUCUGAAAGACCGAGAACUGAGCUUCCAGUCGGCCCCGGGGACCACCAUGUUCCUGCAUUGGCUUGUGGGCAUGGUGUACGUGUUCUACUUCGCCUCCUUCAUCCUGUUGCUCAGAGAGGUACUUCGACCUGGGGUCUUGUGGUUCCUACGAAAUUUGAAUGAUCCAGAUUUCAAUCCAGUUCAGGAAAUGAUCCAUUUGCCCAUUUACAGGCAUCUCCGAAGAUUCAUUUUGUCAGUGAUUGUCUUUGGCUCCAUCGUCCUCCUGAUGCUCUGGCUUCCUAUACGCGUCAUCAAGAGUCUGCUGCCUCAUUUUCUUCCAUACAAUGUCAUGCUCUACAGUGACGCUCCGGUGAGUGAGCUAUCGCUCGAGCUGCUGCUGCUGCAGGUCGUCUUGCCAGCAUUGCUUGAGCAGGGACACACGCGGCAGUGGCUGAAGGGACUCGUGCGAGCGUGGACUGUUUCUGCCGGAUACUUGCUGGAUCUCCACUCCUAUUUAUUGGGAGACCAGGAAGAAAACGAGAACAGUGCAAAUCAACAAAUCAACAACAACCAGCAUGCUAGAAACAACAACGCAGUGCCUGUGGUGGGCGAAGGCCUGCACGCAGCUCACCAGGCCAUACUGCAGCAGGGCGGCCCUGUCGGCUUUCAGCCUUACCGCCGGCCGCUGCGUUUCCCACUCAGGAUAUUUCUGUUGAUUGUGUUCAUGUGUAUAACCUUACUCAUUGCCAGCCUCAUCUGCCUUACUCUACCAGUAUUUGCUGGGCGUUGGUUAAUGUCGUUUUGGACGGGGACUGCCAAAAUCCAUGAGCUCUAUACGGCCGCCUGUGGCCUCUAUGUGUGCUGGCUCACCGUCAGGGCCGUGACCGUGCUGCUGGCGUGGAUGCCCCAGGGCCGCAGAGUCAUCUUCCAGAAGGUCAAAGAGUGGUCCCUCAUGAUAAUGAAGACAUUGAUAGUUGCCAUGCUGCUGGCUGGAGUCGUCCCGCUCCUGCUGGGGCUCCUGUUUGAGCUGGUCAUUGUGGCUCCCCUCAGAGUCCCGUUGGAUCAGACUCCUCUUUUUUAUCCGUGGCAGGACUGGGCACUUGGAGUCCUACAUGCCAAAAUCAUCGCAGCUAUCACGCUGAUGGGCCCUCAGUGGUGGCUGAAAACUGUAAUUGAACAGGUUUAUGCAAAUGGCAUUCGAAACAUUGACCUUCACUAUAUUGUUCGUAAGCUGGCAGCUCCGGUGAUCUGUGUGCUCUUGCUUUCCCUGUGUGUCCCUUACGUCAUAGCUUCGGGGGUCGUUCCUUUGCUCGGUGUUACUGCAGAAAUGCAAAACCUGGUCCACCGGCGGAUUUAUCCAUUUUUGCUGAUGGUCGUGGUGUUGAUGGGAAUCCUGUCCUUCCAGGUCCGCCAGUUCAAGCGCCUUUAUGAACAUAUUAAAAACGACAAAUACCUUGUGGGGCAACGCCUCGUGAACUACGAGCGAAAAUCCGGCAAACCAGGCACAUCUCCACCUCCACAGUCAUCCCAAGAAUAAAGUGAUUGUCUCAACUCCUUCACCUUCCCCAUGCCUUUACGUGUCCUUUUUUGUGGACUUCUCUGUGUGGAGAUUUUCCGUGCUCUCUCAGCGCUGUUUUUAAGUUUCCUCUGUUUGACUUGUGUCUUCAGCAUUCAGCAAGCAGCCGCCUCAACUCUGCUGCUCUUGCGUGUGUCUGCUGACGUCACUGCUGUCUGAGAUCUGUAUAUGUGUAAAUAGAAGCUCCCUGAGGCCCUCACACCUUGGAUUAAACAGAAUGUGCAUUGUACAUCUUUAAACAAAAUGUAUAUUAAUUUAUUAAAUCUAGUUGUCACUUUA